CUCUAGCGAGGGAGUUGCUGCUGCUGCCUCACGGAGGUUUCGUUUUCUCUUCAACGCCCAUCACGGAAUAUCACGGAAGUAGGAAAUAGGUCCUGACGCGGACGCAAAGCGUAGUUAAAACACAGAACGUUGAUUUAAUUCUUGCAACCAGCGGUCGCCAUGUCGGAGAAAGAUGAGGAGACGUUCAAGUCUGUGGACUUGGAGCAGCAAACCGAAAAGUCUCCGGAACCAGACAUCAAGCCUCAAGAAUCUCAAAGUGAAACAAAAACAGAUAAACCCAGCACUCCUUCUACAGAAGCCAAGGCAGAAAGCACCCCCCCUGCAAAAACGUCAGCCGCCAAAGCUAAAUGGGCAGCAUCUGCGGAACAGUUUAAACUGAAGAGAUUUUUUGUCCUCAGGCCUGGAACACUGGACCACGGCAUUGAGGAUAUUAAAACUCUGGUGAAUCCUACAGAAGAUGGUGCUGUCCAAAGUGUCUGGCUCAUGGCUGAGGUUGAUCAUUGGAACAACGAGAAAGAGCGCUUGGUGCUCAUCACGGAGAACACCCUCCUCAUCUUCAAAUAUGACUUUGUCAUGCUAAACUGUGAGCAGAUUCAAAAGAUUCCACUCAACUAUAUCGACCGCAUCUGCAGUGGUACCUUCUGCUUUCCACCACGUUCCCUCCUGACGAGAGAAGGUGAGGGUGUGCGGGUGUUUUGGGACAAACUCAGAGAACCGUCUUUCUCUUCCCGUUGGAAUCCUUUUUCUGUUGACUAUCCUUUCAGCACAUUCACCUAUCACCCUGUCAAGAGUGCCAAUGAGCAGCUGGGCCGUCUGUGUGAUAUUCAAAACUUCAGAGAGCAGCUGACUUUGGCAGCACAGAAAGCCCACAGCAAGAAUCCUAUACCUGGGAAAGCCAACGGGGUUCUUGUGCUGAAUCAACCCAUCCUAAUUGAAGCCUACGUGGGUCUGAUGUCUGUUAUAGGCAACCAAAACAAGCUGGGCUAUUGCUUAGCAAGAGGCAAUAUUGGUUUCUGAGGGCACUUUGAAUCCUUCCGAUAAUGGUUUACACUAAGAAAUUCUCUUAUACAAGCCGAGCAUGUGUAAUUUAUACUUAAGAUAAUGAAGGAUUUUUUUGAACCAAGAUGAAUGUAUGAUUUAUAUUCUUAAAAUACAUUCCAUUUCCAUCAAACCUUCAUCUACUUAUAUUGCCCCAAGAACCUUAACAAAGUCUAUCUGUCAUUUCCUUUGGGUUGUGUCAUAACAUACAAAGCAUGAUGUUCCUCCUCCUACGACUUCCUGUGUAGAAAUAUUUGGUUUUUUUUGGUUUUUCUGUUUUAGUUAUUUCUCUGCAGUAACUUGAUUCUUCACAAUGUGCCUUUCCUUUCUGUAUUUAUGCUGAUAUUCUACCUCGUCACAAGGCUUUUUACAAGGCAAUUGAUGCAUGAAGGUACACAAGUCAUUUGUUUGAUGGUAUAGGGUUUAUUAUUACAGUAGAACAGAGUGCUGGAUUUUCCCUUUUCUUGUAAUUACUAGAUUCACUCGGUUGUCUUGAUUUGUUUCUACAGUAGAAUGUCAAACACAUUGUAAAGUCUUUUUUAAAAAUAAACGGUAAUACAGAAACGUAACGCAUGUGCUGAAUACAGUAAUACAGUAACUACAAUUAGGAGUAAUAAAAAAACGGUGCUUUAUUUA